AUGAAAAAUAUCUUUGGUUCAGAGGGCAUCGCUAGAUUUCAUAAUAUAAUUUUGUGCUGUACCACUCAAGUUGUCUCUCUAUUUUGCAAAAUUUGGGGGCCUCACUCAGGGAUUUGCAAUUUAUUUACUUACUUUUUCUGUUAUUCACGGAAUAUGUUUUAGCGUCCUUUCCAACAGUAUUCUGGCUUUAUGACCGGUGCUGAGACAUGCAACAAGACAUUAAUUUUAUGAAGAUUACAGGGGCUAAACUACUUCAGCAAACGGCGUUAAUAAGACUUUAAAAGGCUACAUCGUCGGCUAGAGUAACAUAGAUAAUUAUUAUGCCAAAUAAACUACUGCGCGAGCUAAAACUCCUUUCUGGUAUUUUUCUUGUUUGUUUUGUUUCAAAAUCUCGCCAAAACUAACGAAAGGAUUGGGGCGAAAGGGUUUUCUUUGUAAGGUGUCGCGCCCAUUUGACGAAAGGAGCGAGCGAUAAAUAAGGGGGAGGGGGGAGGGGGAGCGAGAAAAUGUGGGUGACUCCUACGGUCUCAGAGGCCCGUACAUCCUCGCUCGUUAUUCUAAAUGACAGAGAGCAAAAAUCUUCGCCUAGCUUCUGUUCAAUCCUUAGUGAACCUUUUUCUGCACUUAUACCAUCAUCUGCAAAGAAGGUAUCGAUCUUUGUUCAACUGUAAACGCAUUUGACCGAGGGAGACUGAGCGCAAAAAACGGUUGUAAGGAAUGGGUACGAGACAUCCGUAGCAACAUGGCGCCGAAGAUGAAAGUUGAUCACAAUUUUCGUUGUCGUGAAGCAGAAAAUUGAGAUAAGUGGCUCGGGAGUAAACUCAUGGCGAGGGCUGGAGGUAAUGCUAUGGCCUUUUUAGAACCUGAGGUCGGCAAGAAGCGUUCGCAGAAGCUUUAUAAUGUCGCGCAUCUGUCUUAUUUGGCUAUCGCAGGACAGUGUUUAUUGUAAAUGAAUUCGGAAAGCUAGCACUAGCGGCGAUCAAGGCUUUAAAUCUAGACAUUCCUCGCCAGAUAUCUUCCUCUCUUUUCCUUCUGGAGAGCUGUGGGUCUGGUUUGUGAUAUUAGCCAGUAAACUUAUGUAACCCACCAAACUAAAAUUUCAACAACUAAACCACUGUUAAGGCAACGACCAAGAGCUGCUCGAGUACCGUUUGAUCGUGGCUUCAGGUCUUGGACUUAAAAUGCUCAAAUUAAAAAUUGAUUAUCCGCGAUAACAAUAAAUGUAAUAUCAUGAAACGAGCUGUUACAAACCCAACAAAAACAAACACAUGGUCUCUUUGUUGGGUUUGGUCUCAGGGUAAUUAUACAAUCAUCUGAGUCCAUUUUUCCUUUACUUUACUCCAGGCUCAAAGUCUUCAGUCUUAACUUCCCAUUUGCUUAAGAGCAGAACUGGUGAAUUUGAUCUGGAGAGCAUCAGUUUCCUGGAUCUCAGUGGAAUGGGUAUGUUCAUCUUGAUAAUUAAAUUGAAAAUAUUUCUGGUGUAGCUCAUACAUGUGUAGUGUUUUGGUUGCAGCACAGGAGUUCAAUCUGAGGAAGAACGGGUAAUCUUUCCCUCAAAUGUUGCCAGCUUGUUUUACAAGCCAUGGCCAUCUAGGAUAACAAAAUGACUCCCACACAACAUUUGAAAAGAGUUACUGUAGCUUAGCCUUACAGCAUCAAUUAUGAAGGCUGUAGGAAGGAUCAAAGAGGGUGACUCAUUUGCACAUUUCUUGAAAAAUUAAUUUCAAAUUACUUAUUCUGAUUGUUAUGUUCCAACAAGGGUUACAGGACAUCAGCUGUAUUGGUGACUGUAUGGGACUUCUGCAUCUGGACAUUUCUGAUAACAGCCUCUCUGACCUGAGUCAUUUGAGUGGGUAACACUACUAGCUAUUUUUUGUGGCAUUCCUUGAAAAAAUUUUAAAAAAAAUACUUUUUCAUGACUUAAUGUUAUGUGCUUGCAUGUAAUGUUUCUUAUGAGAUAUUUUAAUUUUCAAUUCUAAAUCACUCAAAGAUCUAAUUGUGAGUGCUAUCAAUCUUUACUCUUUUUCAUUUCCUAAGAGUGAAUGGCAUCUAACCUCUCCACACAAUAUCACACUUGAUUCAAAUGUGCAUGUAAUGGUCAUAAGAAUAAUUUGGAAAUGAUAGCCAAUUUGAGAAGCUCCUGAUUGUAAAAGUUAUUCUCCUUGUCAGUGCUCGAGAAAAUGUGGAGAGAGCAGUAAAGAGAAUGUGAAUAUCAAUGUCAGAGUGUAAAGGGUUAAAGUAAAAAUCAGUCAGUAAAGAAGUUAUCUCAGCACCAACCAAAAUAAAGGAACAUAUGGUGAAAGUUUGACUAAAUGUGUGGAAGUGAUUUUCAUCAAAAGUGACAAAAAUAGCAAAGUUGCAAAUUUUAUAUAGUCAUUGAUCUUUUAUGUACAUGGAAUUAAAAAAAAAAAGAUUAAUGAUAUUUCUACAUUUACCUCUGAGAGGUGAUUUUGAAAGCACAUCUGUAAUGAAACAUUUAAAACAAAACAGGUACAUGUAUAAACCUACUGUAUUUUUUUCAUAUGAUUAUUCAAUACACAGAUACAUAAUAUAAAUCUGACUUUACUCUUUAGGUGAACUAAAGCUCCUUGAGACAUUGAAUGUUUCUUGCAACAAACUCUCUUCCCUCGGUAAGUAUUAGAAUAAUUUGAUAAGAUUUGUGAAAACAUUAACCAUUUUAAACUGGUGUGAAUCAAGUUUGAUGUAAAAAUUAUCAACCAAAGACCCUUCAGAUUUUGAAGAAAGAUUAUAUGGUUAUUAUGAUUCACAGUGCAAAUUAUUCAUUUACACAUCUGCUUCCAUAUAUGGUUCAAUAUUUUAGAUAAGCAUUUUUGUUAAUUUGAUUCAAAUUAAGUUGCAGCCUAUCUUGUGAUUAGUCACACGAAGUAGAUUGUAAGUUUACUUUUUCCUUUGAUUGUUUGCAGAUGGAAUUGAAGAACUUUCAAAUAUAUCUUCUUUGAAUUUGUCUGGCAACAUGAUAACAAGGUUAAGAAUUUCAAUUCAAUUACAACUGUACAGUUUAUACACUGUUCAAUUACUUUAAUUUUACCCACUCAGUUGCAUCACUAUACCUGUGUGUUUGUCAAACUACAUUGCAUCUACCGGUAUCUAAGCAUUCCAGAAGCUUAUAACAUUAUUACAAAGAAGGAGAGGUACUUUGAAAAACAUCUUAACCCUUUCACUCCCACAAGUGACCAAGACAAAAUUUCUCCUUACAAUAUCCACACAAUAUCAAGCAGGUAGGUGAUGAGAAUAGAGAAGAAUAUCAAUUACAGGAUUAUUACAGUAGUUGAUAAAAUUACCAAAUUCUCUGAACUAACAUCAUAAGAAUUGUAUGGCAGAUAGUAAGGAGAAUUACUAAUUAGAUCUUGGGAGUGAAAGGGUUAAGAAACUUUUCAUUUGAUCUGAACCAUUCUCUUAACUAAUUUGAUUGCAUAUAUUAAGUGAUAGCUGUAUACAUGAAGUAUGGCAGUUAAAACAGAAGACUACAUACAUGUACAUCUCUAAGAAAACAAAGUCAUUUUCUUGGUAGACCUUAUUUAUGGUUCUAAUAUUUUGUUUUAACUUUAGUGCUAAGUUUAGUGAGGUGUUCCUCUGUGUCCUUUCCCUGCUGAGUCUCUCUGUCCAACUCGGCUUGAAGUGAAUUUUGAAUUGAAGUCCUUUGCAGUUUGAUUGUACAGAUGAACUUGUUAUAUUCAGGCAGUUAGAAUGCAUGAAUGUUCAAUUUUGAGUUUUUAAACUUAAAAGUAAAUAGUUAUCUUUCAUGCACUCUUCAGGGGGUAUGAUAUUCAUAAGUCCCUCUUUGGAUUAUAGGUUACUUUAAUAACUUUUUUCAUCUUUGCAGUGUUAACAGUCUUUCAUGUUUGACCAAACUGGAACAUUUGCGAGUGCUUAGACUUCAUGACUCAGUACAAGGAUUUUCAAAUCCUGGUAAGGGCAGAGUUUGAUCAAAAUUCAGUAAAAUGAACCCCAAAAAUGACUGAGAUUUAUUUUUACUGUCACUGCUCAAGUCAAUAUGUCCACCUCUUGAGAUGGGAAAAUGAUAACAUUGAUUGAUAGUAAAAUUUCUCACAGUAAAUCUAUAUUGAGUUCCCCUGUCAGCACAAGUACUUAGCUGUAAAGCACCUGAAACUUUUCUGUGUUUCACAUGUAAAUCUGAUGGUAGCAAAUAUUUCAAACUGUGCAUUUUACAGGUAUAUUUGAACCAAAACUAAAACUGUGCCCUCAAAUGUAGUUCAAUUUUAAUAAUUGUUACAUGGGCAUGGUGGAACAUAUUUUCUGUAUUCUAUUUUUGCACCCUUUAAAAAUGGCUUGCUGUUUUGCAUCUUGUUUUGGCUGCGAAUGCCACAUUUGAUCACUAUGUUUGCCUCAUUUGUUUCAGUUUGUGCCUCUCAAGAGAACUACAAGAAAGUGGUGUGUAAACUUUUACCAAAGCUCAGGACUCUUGAUGGUAAUUGAUUUAAGCUCUUACUUCUUCAAUGCUGUGACUUCGUUCUUUAUCAAAGGGAAGUAGAAAGAAGAAAGAAUCACCUAUUGAGGUGCUACUGCUAAAAUCCAAUUGUUCUCUUUCUUUUACAUUUUACUGUAAUUCUUCUUGUUAGGGCAAAUUUUAAUAUGCCAGUCUCCUGGCUUCCAAGAAUGAUAAAAAAGUGUUGCCUAAUUUCCUUUUUGUGUUGGUUUGUUCCUCAAGGUGAACGUGUUAGUGGCAAAGGAGCAGACCUGUAUGAGAUGUGUGAUGAACUGGAUGCAAUUCUCAGAGGUAAAAUAAUGAACAUGUUACCCUGUAAGUACUUGUUUGUCUAAAUAUGCCUGGCAUCUGAUGUUAACUUGCAUUUUUCUUCAACUACAAACGAAUGACGCUUCCCGCUGAAAGGAUGAAUUAAUUGCAAUGCUAUUUAAAUAGUAUGAAGAUUCUGUUAAAUGAGUGAAUGAGCUUUCCUCAAAUCGUAAAACAUUUUAUAGUUUUAUAGGUUAAAUUCAUAUGUAGUGUUUAAACUUUUUCUGGUCUUUGGCCUCAUUCUCUAGUCUAGGAGCAACAACUGAACUUCUUUUCUAUUUUUUUUUCAUUUUUUUUCAUGAUUACCAUUAUUUAUCUGGGCUCACACUGAAUUCUUGUUCAUAUUAAUUUUGCAGAUAACGAUUUGCAAACAGAACAUGGAGUUGCUCUCAAAACAAUACCAUGGAAUACAGGUGACAACUUUACUUCGCAUCCAUUCAGUUUUUUGUGAGUCAAAGAGUUAUGUGCUUGUACUGUACGACAUGCAUAAAAAAAUUAUACCACUCAUUAAAUGAUCCAGUCACCAAAUUGUUGCCUUUUUUGUCUCUACAUUAUCUAUGAGAAUUCGAUUUUCUUUUUGGUGAUAUUGUUGAUCGAAGUUUACCUUGUUUUGAAUGUAUAUUGGUUGUUUAUUUGUGUUUUGAAGGUUAAUCUGAUUAACCUUGUUACUGAUUUAAAACUGAUGCCAAAUCCAAUAGAUAAACUGCUUUCUCUGCCGAAUACUUCAAUGCAAGAUAAGAGUGUAGAGGAAGCUGAAAAAGGAUUUAGUGGUAAGUUUUGUUGUUGACAAGUGUUUGUUGUUUUUUUCGUUUCUGUUGUUUUCUACUGGCCUCUGAAUUCUAAUAUGUAAGUGCAGACUCUGUGUCCAUCUUAACCUUAGCACUCUACUUGCAGGAGUUUAAAGGUUUUAAAACAUGUAGAUGUCAGUUUUCGUUUUCUAGUGAAAAAAGAUUUUAGUUCAGAGACAUGCACUAAGCGACUCAUACGUUACCACUCACUCGUGUAGCAGUACAACACGCGCAUUCCAUUCGUGAAUACAAAUAUGUGAAAGGUAACAAAUCUAAUACAAGCCAUCUGUUUGUUAAAGUCCAGUCAGACUGCCGGAAAAAAAAAUUCCAAAGCAAGUCUUCGGCUCUGAAACUGUUAUGAAUCUUUUGUGUUUCAGAUGUGAUGCUCCAGUGUAAGAAGAUCAAUGAGGAUGCGGAGAAGGCCAUUCGAAAUGCCAAAGAAGCGUUGUGGAACCCCUGACUUCAUUUUGUAAUUAUCGGGUUUGCUGCGGCCUCGGUUUGUGAAAGUAGGCCUAAAUUACCGUGCAUUGAUAGAUGUUACUGCUACGAUUUGUUUUUGCUUGACAAGGCACGCAGAAACGAGGGUUAUUUACUUUUGAAAGAAAGUAAGAGUUGUCCUGGUGUAGUUACUGGAGCGAAUUGUACCUUCUACACAGUGUUCAGGUAAUGUUCCUGAACGAGAAUGGCUUGGACAAAACCUCGUCAGCCAAGUUGUGUUGAAACCGCGUUUGAAAUUGGACGUCAAACUUGAAUGACGUAAGCUGCAUACCAACCAGCGGAAAAAAAGAUGACUUUUGGAAAGAGUUUCAAAUUCCACCAAAGACACUGGAAAAAAUACCCCUUUACACCCAAUUAUUGUUUUGUUGUUGUUGUUUUUUAUAAUGCGUUGGCUUGAAGUACUCUGAUCUCAGUCACUUCUUAAUUUCACGAGAUGAUAAAAGUUGACAAUCGUGAAACUUUCCCUCACAUAUAGACCCAGAGAUGUUAGGUAUUCAGUUAACCGAUUGAAUGUGAGGUUAGUAUCUCUAUUAAUGCAUAGAGGACCACAUGGUGAAAUGAACUAUCUAUGAACAGAUGUUAUAAAGCCCGUUGGUCCUAAGCUUCUGUGCAAAUUUUUUAACGUCUUGGGCACACGAUCUUCAACCAACCACUGAGAAGUUUUGAGGAAAUAAACAGCCGAGAUUGUCAUGGUUAACUUGUUUGGUUAUUAAUAGCUCUAACACAAAAACGUAGGCGACAAGAUGAUUAAUAGAUGAGACUGAAAGGAAUAGAUCGAUAAAAAUCAUUAAAUGAAUAGCAAAUGUGGAGUUCCUAGAUAAUCUGAUUUAUCAGUCAAUCACAAUGAAUUACCUGAGGC